CCUUGGUUUCUCCUUGUCUGUCCAUCUCUAUCAGACACGUCACGUUUUCCGUCUGCUGCCUCGGGAUAGCUUCGUUCGUUAUUCGUACCCCCGUGUAUCAGUGAUCUCUUUUCGCAUUGCCGUCUUAGCGAUUCAGCGGACUCUCGUUUGUCCGACCGUGGAUCUGAAUGACUGCGGUAACGUGGUUACCCGUCGCGAGCCCUAGCCGCCUUCCCUCGUUUUCUUCGCAAUCAGUGUCGACUCGCUUUUUCCUUAAACACCGAUUGAAAAGCGUGUGUUAUGAAGAGAGCCGCUCGUCAAAUCCGUGCUAGAGUCAGGAAGCCGGGAUGUAAGGAGACGGGUGUUUGCUAGUCCCUAGCCAACAGAAGACAUGCUUAUUUGUCUUCUCAUAGGAAAAGAGAAAGUAGACAUUUUACACCGCGGUUGUUGAUUCGUUAUAAGAGAGCGACGACCAGCUUAUAACGAGGCAAGGGGCUUAUAGCGAGUCAGCCAGCUUGUAUCGCGUACGCCAUGGAGACGAGUCGUGCGGAGCCCCGUAUUUCUGGAAUAGGGGACCGGACGGGUGACAAUGAUGGUGACUGUAACGCAUCCGGACAUUCGGCCAGGAUUGGCGGGGAGCAUGCUGACGUGGAGGUGAAGGAGCAAGGGAAGGAGGAGCAAAGAAGGGAGGAGCAGGGGAGGAAGGAGCAGGGAAAGGAGCAGCAGGGUAAAGAGGAGCAGGGGAAGGAGCAGCAGGGGAAGGAGCAGCAGGGGAAGGAGCAGCAGGGGAAGGAGCAGCAGGGGAAGGAGCAGCAGGGGAAGGAGCAGCAGGGGAAGGAGCAGCAGGAGAAGGAGCAGCAGGGGAAGGAGCAGCAGGGGAAGGAGCAGCAGGGGAAGGAGCAGCAGGGGAAGGAGCAGCAGGGGAAGGAGCAGCAGGGGAAGGAGCAGCAGGGGAAGGAGCAGCAGGGGAAGGAGCAGCAGGGGAAGGAGCAGCAGGGGAAGGAGCAGCAGGGGAAGGAGGAGAAAGGUGAGAAGGAGGAGAAGGAGGGGAGGGGGUAUGGUGACAAGAGAGAGAAGGAGGAGGAGGAGGGGAGGGGUUAUGGUGACAAGAGAGGGAAGGAGGAGAAGAAAACACUUGAGAAAGAGGGGAAAGAGGAGGAGAGCGGUGAGAAGGGGGAGCGAGAGGACAGGGAGGAGGAGAAGGGGGUCCUGCUAAAGGGGGAGGGAGUCGGGCAUGGAAAGGAGGAAGAAAAGCGAGAGGUGGAGGGAAAGGUACCUGCUAUUGAAGCAGUGGUUAAGGAAAGGAUCCAGGAGGCGGGGAAGGAGAAGCAGAAGAGGGAGGCGAGGGGAAAAGUAGGGAACGAGGAGGGAAAGGAAGGAGCGGAUGCGAAGGGAGGGAGAGAGAAGGGGGAUGCGAAGGAAACGGGUUUGAUGGGAGGGAAAGAGAAGGCGGAUGGGAAAGGAAGAAUCGGGAAGGAGAAGGAGGACAAGAAGGAGAAAGGUGAAAAGAAGGAGAAGAAAGCGGAGGAAGAAGAGGAGAAGGAGAAGAAAGAGAAGGAGGAGGAGAAGAGAGAGAGGAGGGUGGAGGUGGAGGGUAAGGGAGAGAAGGAGGAUGCGGAGAAGGAACUAGCGAAGGUUAAGGAGGCGACGAGAGAUGGGGGAGAGGAGACGAAGGGGAAAAGAAGAGGACACGAGGGAGAGGAGGCGGAGAGGAUGGAGAGGAGAGAAGCGGAGAAGGGAAAGGGGGGGAGGGAGGAUGGUGAGGUAAAGGGGGAGGGGAAAGAGGAGGAGGGGAAAGAGGAGGAGGAGGGAGAGAUUGCUUCUGAAAACCACAAAGGGGGGAAGGAGGAAGGAAGAGGCAUAGAGGCGGAAGCGGAAGGGGAGGUCGGGGAGGACGAGACUAAGAAGGGGAAGGAGAAGAGGGAGGAGAAAGUUGGAGGGGAACUCAAGAAGGAGAAGAGGAAAGAGAAGGAUGGGGAGCGGAAAGAGAAGAAGGAAGAGAAGGAUGGGGAACGGAAAGAGAAGAGGAAGGAGGAGACAGGUGAAGGGAGCAGAGCCGAGGACAGGACGGAGAAGAAGGAGAAGAAGGAAGGGGGGGAGGAGAAGAAGAAAGAGAAGAGAAAGGAGGAGAAGAAGGAGAAGAGAGAUGAGAAAGAUGAGGCGAGGCGAAAAGAGAGGAAGCGGGAGAGGAGGGAGGAAAAGCGGGCGGAGGAGAAAGGAGAGGGGAAGAGAAAGGAGAGGAAGACAGAGGAGGGCCAGGAUGUGAAGAAGAAAGAAAAGAAGGAGAAGAAGGAGAGAAGGCGGAGUGAGCAGCCCUUAAGCCCUGGUCAUUCAGGGAGAAGCAUCGAGGUGAGGAAUGAAGGCUUUAAGAGCCCUGAUCAUACUGCAAAAGGCUCUGAUCAAGGAGCGAAAUCCUUAGCCGAUGCGCUGAAGAGUCCUGACGCUUUAAAGAGUCCUGACGAUCCAAAGACCCCUGGAGUCGAGUUAAAGAAUCCUGGGGAUUUCAAGAGUCCCGGGGAGGGUGUAAGGAGCCCUGUAGAGGGAUUGAAUAAUGCUGAGCAGCCAGAAGGAAGCCCAGAUUUGCUUAGAGGGAGUGUUGAUAUGUCCGUGAAUAUGGAUGGUUGCUCUAAAGGAAGCCCGGGUCAGUCCUUAGCGAGUAUGGCCAGUCCUGGGGUAAAUAGUGUGGAGGAGGGAGAGAAGAAGGGGAGUGUGGAAGGGCGGGGGGAAAAGAGCGAGGAAGGGAAGGAGGGGAGGAGGAAGGAGAAGGGUAAGGAGGAGAAGGAGAAAAGGAGAGAGGGGAAGAGGGAAGGGAGGAGCAAAGUGGAAAUAGAGGAGGCUAGAAGGAGAGAGGAGAGGAGAGAGAGGAGGAGGAAGGAGAAGCGGGAGAGGAAGGAGGCGAAGAAGGGGGAAGGGAAGGCGGAAAAUGAGGGGAAGGGGAAGAAAUGUGAGGAGAAUGAGGGUAAGGAGGUCGAGGGUAAGGUGGUUGAGGGUAAGGCGGUUGAGGGUAAGGCGGUUGAGGGUAAGGCGGUUGAGGGUAAGGCGGUUGAGGGUAAGGAGGUUGAGGGUAAAGGGGAGAAGCCAAAUAGAGAAGAGGUGAGAGAAGAAGCGAACGAGGAGGGGAAGGAGAGAUCGAAGGGUAGUGACGAACAGAAGAAGAAGGAGGGGGGAUUGGGGGAGGAGAGGGAAAAGGAGAGGAGGGAAGAAGAGGUGGAGAAGGAGGAGGGUAGGGAAGAAGGGGGGAGGGAGGGAGGGAAGAGAGAAGAGAAAGGGGGGGGAAAGGUAGGGAGGGGAAAGACGGCGAGGGAAGAGGAGGAGAAAGCAGAGGAGACUGCAAGGGAGAAGCCAGAGUCUGCUUUUGAGUCGACUCAAAAGCAGACUGCGAUGGAGCAUCCAGAGGAGAAAGCGGAGGGGAAAGCAGGGAGGGAAUCAAAGGAGAAAGCAGAUAAGAACGCGGCGGGUAAACUAGAGGAGAAAGCGGAGGGGAAAGCCGGGGAGGAUGCAGAGGAGAAACCCGAUAAGACAGCGGAGGGGAAAGCAGAGGAGAAAGCAGGGGAGAAAGCAGAGGAGAAAAUGCAACUAGUGACAGCUGAGCACAAUGAGAAGAAAUUCUGCUGUGAUGGCGAUGGGGAGGAGGCAGUAAUUGGACAAAAGUGUGCUGCCACGCCUCGAUACGCGAUCCAAAGAAGGGAGAGUGAGCUUCUGGUGCUUGGAGUGGAUACCGCUGAUGAUGCCAUGAGGCGGGGUGAGUUGUCGUGUGUCACAAGAGAGCCUGCCUUUGAGUCGACUCAAAAGCUUUUGGUGCUUGGAUCGGAUGCUGCUGAUGCCAAGAGGCAGGGUGAGUUGUCGUGUGGCACAAGAGAGGAGCUUCAGGCAAGCACGAGCAGAGAGAGCAACCCGAGAGAGGAGCUUCAGAGGCUAAGGGACGGGGAAGGGGAAGCGAGUAAGGAAAGAAGAGGACGGAAAGAGGACGAGCGGCAAAGGGAGGAGAGGAAGGAGGAGGGGAGAGGGAGCAAGGAGCAUGAUGAAGACCGUCUAAGAGAAACGAGCUCGGGUGGUGAGGGGCAGCAAGAGGCGCAAGUCGCGGGGGUGAAGGGUGGUAUAAACGAAGGUGUGAGUAAAGACGAAGUGGUGGAAGGGGUGGCAGCAGCAGGAGAGACAGGGCUAACUACCACUGCACCUGCUGGCACUACUGCUCCUGCUUCUCCUGCUGGCACUGCUGCUCCUGCUGGCACUACUGCUCCUGCUGCUCCUGCUGGCACUACUGCUCCUGCUGCUCCUGCUGGCACUACUGCUCCUGCUGCUCCUGCUGGCACUACUGCUCCUGCUGCUCCUGCUCGCACUGCUGCUCCUGCUGCUCCUGCUGGUGAUCCCAUUGUGGCGACCCGCGGGCCUGCUGCUGUCCCUGUUGUUGCACCUCCCACCCAUGCAGUAGCUGCUACAGCCGAAACCCCUGCUACAGCUGCAACCUGCGCUACAGUUGCACCCCGCGCUACAGCUGCAACCCCUGCUACAGCUGCAACCCCUGCCACUGCUACAGCUGAAGCAGAUGCCCCUGCUGCUGCCUCUGCUGCUGCACCUGUCCCUGCCCCUGCCCCUGCCCGUACCCCAGCUCCUGCCAUUGCUCCUGCUGCUGCCUUAUCUGCUCAAUCCCCCACCGCAGCUGGAGCCUUGAAGUCUGGUCCCGAAUCCGCUGUUCCCACUCCUGUGAAUGUUUAUGCUGCUCCUCCUCCUGCUCCUCCUCCUGCCCCUCCUCCUGCUUCUCCUCCUGCUCCUCCUUCUGCUUCUGCUCCUACUGCUCCUCCUACUGGUUCUGCUCCUGCUGCUUCCGCUCCUAUUGCUAAUGCUGCUACUGCUCCUACUGCUUCCGCUCUUUCUCCUCCUCCUGCUGCUGCUGCUGCCGCCGCUCCUGCUGCUCCUCCUCCGGCCCCUGCUUCUGUUCCUGCUCCUGCUACCUCUGGGAGUGCUGCUCCUCCUGCUCUUCCUAGUGCUCCCGCUGCCUCUGGUGCUGCUCCUACUCUAGAAAAUCCUCAUUCUACUGCUCUUCCUGCCGCUGCUCCUCCUGCUGCCUCUGCUCCUGCUGUUUCUGGUGGUGCUGCUGCCAAAUCUCCUGCUGAGCUCAGUCUGACAGAAUCAAAUCCUUCCACGGCAAUAUCAUUGCCGUUGGCAGCAUCUGCACCGGCAGUAGCAUCAGUGUCGGCUGUAGCAUCGGCACCAUCAUCACCAGCUGUAGCAUCGCUGCCCAGUGUACCAAUCGCAGCAGCUGUAGCACAGGGGGAGACUGUGGGCAAGACUGCUGCAGCUGUUGCGGCAGCCAAAAUUUUAUCCUCUAACGGGGGGGCUGAUGCUGCUGCACAUGAUAAAGCUGCGGGAAAUGCUUCUGCAGAUGUUACAGCAGACAGCAUUUUAUCCUCUGACGGGGGGGCCUAUGCUGCAGCAGGAAAUGGUAGAACAGUCACUGCUGCUGCAAGUGGUGCGGUUAAGCAAGCUGCUGCUACAAAGGAUGCUACAGCUUCUGCUGCUACAAAGGAUGCUAGAGCAGCUGCUGCUACAAAGGAUGCUAGAGCAGCUGCUGCUACAAAGGAUGCUACAGCAGCUGCUGCUACAAAGGAUGCUAGAGCAGCUGCUGCUACAAAGGAUGCUACAGCAGCUGCUGCUACAAAGGAUGCUACAGCAGCUGCUGCUCCUAGCCUUUCUGCUGCUGCACCAGAUGCUGCUGAUGCUGGUGCUAGAGCUGCUACAGCUGCUACAUCCACUACUGCCGCCACAGCUGGUGCAGGGAGUGGUUUAGUGAAGAGGGUGGGUAUCUUGACACCUGCAGCAGCGACAGCUAAGACCGUUACUACAGCCUCCACAGCUGCUGCUGUUGCUACAGCUGCAGCUGCUACAGCUGCAGCUGCUACAGCUGCUGCUGCGGCUGCCACUGGUGCUGCUUCUGCCGCGAUCUUUCCAACUUCAGUAAGAGCUGCUGAUUGCUUAUCAACAGCAAUGGCUACACCUGUUACUGCUAUAGAUGUCACUGCUACAGAUGUCACUGCUACAGAUGGUGCUUCUGCUGAUUUUGUUGCUACAGAUGUUGCUGCUACAACUUCCAUUCCAAAAGCAGCAGCUUCAGUCGCCAGCAACACCCCUGCCACCCGCACAGAUUUUAUCACUGCCAAAGCCACCACCACCACUGCUGCUGCUGCUGCUACAGCCGCCAACACCGCCCCUCGUACAGAUGUUAUUGUUUCCAAAGCCACCACCACCACUGCUCCUGCUGCUGCCGCCGCCACUGCUACUGCUGCUGCUGCAACAGCAGGUAUUACUGCUACAAAUGCCACCACCACCACUGCUGCUGCUGGAGAUGUCACUGAUUCUAAAGCCGCCAACACCACUGCCCCUCAUACGGAUGUUAUUGCUGUUAAAGGUACCACCGCCACUGCUGCUGCUGCUGCUACAAGUGUUGCUCCGAGUAAAGCUGCCACCAAUAAUAAUGCUGCUACAGGUGUUUCGGCUCCAGACAUCACACCCACCAUAACUCAGGCUCCUCAUGGCACUAGGCCAGCCAUCCCCCCCGCUACAGCCGCAACCCCCCCGGCUCCCACUCCCCCUGCUACAGCCACCAGGCUCCCUCCUGCUGAAGCCACUGCCCUUGCCACACCUUCCCCCAUUAUCUCUGCUGCAUCUCACACUCUACCUGUUACAUCUCCCCACCCCGCUGCUACAGCCGCCUCCAUUCCUGCGACAGCUGCUGCUCCCCCUGCUACAACCGCCACUGCCCUUGCUCCAUCUAUUACUCCCCCUGCUACAGCUACCGUUCCGCCUGCUACGGGAGCCAUUGCCCCCGCUACAGCCGCUAUUUCCCCUGCGACAACCACCAUCUCCCUUGCUACAACUCCCAUCAGACUCCCUGCGACAACCCGCACCCCCCCUGCCACAUCUCCCGCUGUUCCUGCUACAGCCGCCAUCUCCCCUGCUGCUACUCCCAUCAGUCUCCCUGCUACAGCUGCCACUCCUGGUGCAUCUCCCAUUUUUCGGGCUACAUCCGUGAUUUCCCCUGCUACAACCACCACUGCUCCUGCUACGUCUACCACCAGUCUCCCUGCUGCAUCUCCCACUCCCACUCCCCCUGCCACAACUCCUCCUCUUCCCGCUACAGCUGCCAAACCUCCCGCUACAGCCGCCAAAUCUCCCGCUACAGCUGCCAAACCUCCAGCUACAGCCGCCAAAUCUCCCGCUACAGCCGCCACCUCUCCUGCUACAGCCGCCAGGUUUCCUGCUACAGCCACCACCUCUCCUGGUACAGCAGCAGGCGUACCACAAGGUGAAGGAGUUGCACAAGGGGAAACCACCCUGACAAGAUCAGCAGGAGAACCAGCAGUAGCAGCAGCAGCAGCUGAAUCAACAGCAGCAGCACCAGCUGUUCGAACAGCGGUGGAACCACCAGCAGCAGCACCGCCGGCAGCAGCAGCAGCAGCAGCAGCUGAAUCGACAGCCAAUGAUUCACGGAAAAUCAUCCUUUUCCCAGGGAACACGCCUCCUCCUCCCUUCUCACUCCCCUCCUCCUCCGCCCAUCCCUCCUCCUCCCACCCUGCCAUUUCCACACCCUCUCCUCCUCCUCCGCACGCUCUCCCUCCUCCCGCCGACCCCCCAUCUGCCAGACCUUCUCCUGGCCUCUCUUCCCUUGGGACUCUAGAGCUGGCUGCAAAGCAACCAGCACUCCACUUAUCCCCGCCUUUGGGUCAAGAGCUGGCUCAAAACCCCCCUGCACUCGACCUGUUCCCCCCCGUGCUGCCGCCUCCUUUCCGUGUGGCCAUCUCGCUUACUCCUGAGGAGGUAGAGGCGGACUUUCGGGCGAUCACAGGUCAACCACCGCCACAACUGCCUCUGAAGAAGCGAAGGAAGCUAGAAGCGAAUGGGUGGAUUGGAGUAGCACCAGCAGGCGCCAACAAACUGCUGCCACUUGCAGAAGAGCCUUCUGAGGAGCUGCCGUCUCAGAGCAACAGCAGCAGGGGCAUGGGGCUCCCUCCUGAAUUGGUGCGUCCUCUUGACUCGAUGCGAGAAUCGCCCGGAAAUGUCUUGGAUGGGCAGGUUGGUCUGGCAGCGCUGCCUUUGGCUGCAGCAGAACGGGGCAACCAAGAUGGUCUGUUGUCUACUGAUCAGAAUGAUCGGAAUGAUAGAAGUGAUCAAAAUGAUCAAAAUCAUCAAAAUGAUCGAAAUGAUCGAAAUGAUCGAAAUGAUCAAAAUGAUCGAAACGGUGUGUCGUGCAAAGAGAGGGAGAGCGGCUGGCAGGGUUCGAACCCACUCUUGUCCCUCCCUUUGUCGCUGCUCCAUCCUACCUUAAAGCCCCCGGUUCCCAAGCAUCACCAUCACCAUCAGCAGCAGGAGCAGGAGCAUGAGCGUGGGAUUGGGGAGGCUAGAAUGGCUGCUUUGACAGCAGUGGAGGCAGGAGCAGCUCGAGAGGAUAAGGCACGAGGAGCGGUAGGCUUUUUUGCCGCCGCCGCCGCUGCUGCUGCUGCUGCUGCUGCUCCUCCUGCUCCUGGUGCUGCUUCUGGUGGUUUUGCUUCCACGGCUGUAGUUGGAAUGCAGAUUGAUAGUAUUGGGAGGGCUACUGUAGGGGAUAUUGAGGAGGGGGGUAUGUCUAGCGUGUUGCCUGGUGUGGAGGCAGCUUAUAGCGAGGAUAUGAAGAGGGGGCUAGAACCAGAUUUUAGGAGGACUAAUGGGGGCGGUAUGAAGGGGGGAGGAGAAGGGGAGGAUGUGGGAUUCGUAGCAGGAGGAGUGGGGAAGAGAGACAAGGAAGUGGAAGGGGUUGGCGGUGGGAGGAAGGAGAAGGAGGGGAGGAAGAAGAAGAAGAAGCAUGAGAGGGAUCGGGAGGGGAGAGGGGAGGGGAAAGGGGAGGAGAAGAGUGAGGGGAGGAAGGAAGGGAAAGGGGAGAGCAAGAGGGAAGGGAAGCAUGAAAGGGAUGAGAAGAGGGAAAGGAAAAUGAAGAAGCAUGGGAGAGUGGAGGGAGGGGAAGAGAGGAUGGAGGGUAGGGUGGUUGUGGAGGAGGGGAGGGUGAGGAUAGCAGGGGCAGGAGCAGGAGUAGGAGCAGCAGCAGGAGGAGCAGGAGUAGGUGAAGGUGCUUGUGUAGCAGCAGGAGUGACGGGAAGUGUGGCAUCAGGGGAUCAACAACGAAGGGAGGUGGAGAAGGAGAGAGGAGAGAAAGAGAGGAAGAGGGACAAGGAGAGGAAGGAGAGGGAGCGCGAGGAGGAGAGGGAGCGCGAGAAGGAAAGGGGAGAGAAGGAGAGGGCGCGCGAGAAGGAGAAGGCUAAACAGACGGGGAUUGUGAGCGAGAUGGAGAAGGAAAAAGAGGAGGUAAGAGAGAAGGAGAAGGAGAGAGAGCGGGAGAAACGGCUAGUGGAUGUGGGGCUUUGUGCUGUGCUUGCCAAACGGCCGCCAGGAAGACAAUCAGAGUUUGGGGAGGGGGAGGGGGAUGAGGAGCGGAGGAGAGGAGGAGCGAAGGAGCAGGGGGCAGAGGAAGCAAGAAGAGAUGGGACAGGGGAGGUAGAGGAGGGGGGUGGAGAUGCUUGGGGACAGGAGAGGGAGAGAGAAGGUGGAGAGGAGGAGAAGACUGAGAGGGGGAAGGGUAAGAGAGAGGAAGUGAAGGAAGAGGAGGAAAGGGAGGAAGGGAAGGGGAGGAGGGACGAUGAUGCUAGUUCGGAUGAGGAUUUCCCGGGGGAUUACCGGGAAGGGCAGGCUCGGAUGAGGCGGAAAGAGGCUCGGAAACGGCGGAGGAGGUUCGGGGAAUAUGGCAAUGGAGAGGAGGAAGAGGAGGAGGAGGACGACGAGGACGAGGUGGACGGGAUGGAUGGGAUGGGGAUGGGAGAGGAGGAGGGACAGGGGGGAGGUGCAGGGAUGGGUGGAUUGUUAGGGUCUGCGUGGUUCUUAGGAGUAGCAGCCGGGGGACUAGGAGCAACAGGAAUAGGAGCAUCUGCGAAUUCUUCCCCCUCUGCUACUGCUGCAGCAGCAGGAGCAGCAGGGGGAGCAGCACUGGGAGGGGCGCCAGGGUCAGUGCCAAAGAGAAGGCGAAGCUCGAGAAUAGCAGAGAGGGUGGAGAAGCGCACCUGGCGAUCCAUGGAUCUCGGAUGGGUGGCUGGUGCUGCUGCUGCCGCUGCUGCUGCCGCUGCCACUGCCGCCGCUGCUUCUGCCGGUGCUGGUGCUGGUGGCGGGCAUAAUGCGAGUUCUAGGGGCGGGAGGAAAGGAGCAGGGGUGGGAGUGCCUGGGUUCCGGCAUCCGGGGGUGCCGGGAGUGAUGGUGAUGAUCCCGCCUGCGGAAAUCGUAUCGGAUUUUGUACAGAUCACGGGGAAUCCGCCGCCGCCGCCCAAGAAGGGGUACCGCUACUGGCGGAACUUCAUUCCUUUUCAGUGCUUGGAUGGCCUGCCCAAGGGACAUGACUGGGCUAAGGGCUACCCCUGGCCGCUUGUGCCCAAACCAUGAACUGCGUUAUGCUGAGUGGUGACCUUGUUGUUGCCAUCAUGGGCUUGAUUUCCCCGUCGUUUUUUAGUCACUCAGAUGUGGUUGGAGCUUUCUCUUAUAAAUGGGUUGUAUGUUUAGACCUCGAGUGGUAUUUGUUUUACACAGUUGAAUGAGGGUUAUUGUGAUGAAGCGCAAAGGUUGUGUGUCGAAGGAUUGAUUAACGAGGAAAC